AUGAGGAUUUGCGAGAAGAGGAGCCUGAGCUCGAUCGAGCUGAGGAUCGAGCUGAGGAUCAGCUGCGAGCUGAGAUCAGGUCCAGGAAGAGUGCGGAUUUGGAGGAUUGGACUUCUCCAAAAGUUCAACAAAUGGCAAGGGAAAGCCAUUGAGAAGAUGCAAAAGUCCAUGGACAAGAUGGUGAGCAAGAUCAAGAGUUUGGAGAAGAAGGUUUCUGGUUCUUCAAGCAAGAAGAAGAAGUCCAAGGCCCCCACAUUCCCUAGGAGUAGAUCUCUUCUCACCACUCCAAGGAGGCUCCCUGCCCAAGAGCCUCACAGAGCCUCUUCUUUCGAGCCAAGGGAAGGAGAAGACAACACGCAGAGAAGGAGGAAGACUUCCAAGGCCAGACGCUCCAGCUCGACCACCGGACUCGAUCGAGUCCAAACAGAGGAAACUCAACUCGAUCGAGCUGACGGUCGAGCUGACCUGGAGGAGCCCCUGUUGAGAACCCGGAUUCGAGUACGAUCAACCAGUACCAGGACUUCCCAGAGAUGGACCCCUACAACAGUCGAGAGCCAGCUCCACCAAGGCCAAGGGAGCCACACACAUUUCAAGAUGAAGAAGAGGAAGAAGAGGAGCCGCAAGCUCGAUCGAGUGAGGGAACCCAGUGAGUGGAGUGCUCCUGAUGGCCGUCUACCAUCUCCAGACCACGACCUAGCCUCCCAGUUCUUUGGGGGGCACUGA